CCAAACCCACAAAAAAAAUAUAUAUAACAAAAUAAUUAUGUACAACGAAAAGGAGACAGAAGAUGACCCAACUCUAACAACACUGACCUCUACAGCAAAGGUAUUAGCCAUUGGAGAUCCGAAGGAAGUCGUAAGUCGCAGAAAAGCUAAACCAGUUAAGAUCGAGAAUAGUUUCAGCGCGGACUGCACAAAUUAUUUGAGUUUAGUUUUGAUGGGAAAUCCAACGCCAGUCGACGAUGUCAGUGGUCUGUGUCCCAUUGAAUGGUUCGGAAUGGUAACCUUCGCCUUCGAGAAUCAGCCCACUCGCUAUCAAUUUUACUGUUACCCCGCACAGAAAACAAAACCCAGGCAUACGUAUCUAAAAUACUUCUAUCAGACAAUUAAUGCAAAUGCCGUCUUACGUGACGUGCGACGGUUCCUGAAGGAGGAAAAUUGGAUAUCCAAGAGUGCUAUAGUAGGUCCACUCAAAGGAGACGUAUACCGUAAUGCCUAUAAGCCUGAGGAGUUUUAUAUUUUAGGUUUUGUUUUCAAAGCCUUGAAUAUUCAAAGAGCGAAGGUGCUUCCGUACUUGAUGUACUUGCACAGAGAACAUGCACAUAAUACGCAGCAUAGAUAA